UUUCUGCCCAGGUUCCCCUGCAUGUGUUCUCGUGAGCUAUAUUGAUACUUCCUCUUUUGUCUGUUUAGAUAACUAUACAAGCGACAUUUGUUUUCUCAGAUCUUUUUCAGAGUGAGUCAGCAUCAGCAGAGGGUCGAGCUGCAGCAGUUAGUUUAGUGUGAAUCCUUUGAACCAACAGAGAUCAUCAUGGAAGCUGUCGUGGAUGGGAGUUUGCUGUCUUCAAAAUCCGAUGGCGAAUCGCCUCUCAAAGAAAGCUCCUUAUAUCUCGACUCAAACCAACAGGAUUCGUCUCUUCCCAGUGGGCAGAAACAGAAAGACGAGGAGGACGAUGAGGAGGAGGCUCAGGGUGUGCGCCUCCUCUCGGCUGAGGAGCAGGUAACACUCAUCACUGACAGCAUGUCUGUCUCCUCUGCCGAUGAGGAGAAACUCCAGCUCCUCAACAAGAACAUGGAGCUACGCAGAAUCAAUAAGGAGCUGAUGAAGCUGAAUGAGGACUGGGAUCACAUCUACCGCAGCACCACCCUAGGCCUGCAGCAGAGGGUGGAUGCCCUGCAGAGAGAGAUCAGCAGCAUUAGACAGCUCAACAGCAAACUGCUGCUCAAGAUGGAGCAUGAACAGAAUAAAAGGGAAUACUAUGAGCAUACCCUGAUGGAGGAGCUGAAGAAGAACCAGCAUCUGCAGGAGUAUGUGCACCUGCUGGAGGGACGGAUGCAGCACACACACUCAGGCACAGACUGUAGCAUACUACCACAGGAUUCAGUGAAUGUGUCCAGACCGCCAGGAACAACCUCAAACUCCACGGGCUCUGCUGAUCAGAAGAGAUCUUCUCACCACGGCAACGCUCACCUGACCCCCCCACACCCACCUUCAGAGCACAGCAGCAGCGGCUUUGCCAAGGGACACGGCAGCACGGGCAGAAAACAGUCUGAACACAUACUCUCAGAACACACACGCUCAGAGGUGCAGGACCUCAAGGACCAGCUGGAGGCUCUGAAAUGCCAGACUAAGAUCUACGAGGCCGACUACAGGACCGAGCACAAGGACCACGAGCGCAUGAUGCAGGAGAACAAGAGACUGCGGCGCCGGGAGGGGGACAUGCGCCAGCAGAUGGCGCUCUUGCAGGAGCAGCUGAAGGUCUAUGAGGAUGACUUCCAGAGAGAGCGCUCGGACAAGCAGGUCCUCCAGAGACUCCUGAUGAAGAAGACGCCACCCGCUGGCGAGCCCGCGCUGGUGCACCGCUGCAGCACCAGCGGUCAGGAGCGCGAACGUGCCCACACACAUGAGCAUGAGCGUGAACGUGCCCGGGAGGAGAGGAGGAGGAAGAGGGAGGAACACAGAGGCCUUCAUCACCAGACCUGCCCCAAGCACUUUGAGUGCCACACAGUGGGGGAGUUCUCCUGAGUCCGCAGCACACACACACACACACACUCACAGUCCACAGCACACAUACUGUAUCUA